AUGAUAUCGUUGUCUUAGUAAUUUAGCCUUGAUUAGACAGAUUAAAACUUUUGUGGUCCAAAAGUAAAGUUGGACGAAAAUAGACUCAGUAAUGUUCAAAAACAGUCUUCACAUGACUUAAUAAAAAGUUCUUUGUUUCAUGUAUCGAAUGAUUACAUAGAAGUGGCAUAGACUCCAAAUCCUUAAAUAUAAUAAGCUAAAAAUAAUAGAGCAGCACGUAGAAUGGUAAUAUAAUUAUGGUUAACCAUAGUUAACUAGAAGAAAUAAAUAGGAAGUAAGUUAGAAAUUAGUUGAUAACUAAGUAUUUAAAACUUUGGCAAAAGAGAGAUUAGUAAAACAAUUCAAGCGGAAUUUGUUUUUACGUUCUUAUGUAAUGUGUAAAGAAUACAAAGAUGUAAUUCAAAACCAUUUUAAAUAUGAAUAAAAUAGUUCAAAAAGAGUGGAAUGUAUUUUAAUUUGAUAAUCAAUAGUUAAUUCAUAAAACUAAGAUAAAUAAAUAUAUUUGAUACCUGGGAGUAAAGUAACUUUGAUUUUAGAUCUUUUAUCCUUAUUAAUAAAGAUAUUAUGUCUUUGGAUAUCUCCUUUGAUAGUAUCUUUUAGACCAGCAGAUCAUAUAUUUACAUGGUUCUAGUUAGGAAUAAUGUUUUAAAUAUUAAUUGAAAUAUUUAUAUAGACUAAUAGACCAAUAAAUAUUUCUGGUGAGACUAUAACUAAUUAAAAGAAGAUAGUGGCAAACUAUUUAACUAAUUAUUUAUUUGAAGAUUUGCUAGAUAUUGGUUGUUGGGUAACUUAAUAUUUAGAUAUUAAUAACAUAUCAAAUAGUGUGGCUUGUGGAUUCAUAAUAUUAGUUUCAUUUAAAAAGAUGCUUAAAAAUUAUUCAAAUUGCAAUGAAACAAUGUUUUUAAAGGGAAGUUUUAAUUAUGCAUUAGAUAUAUUUACAUUAAUAAUUACAAUUCUUUCAUUUGCACAUGUAAUGGCUUGUAUACUUCAUUAUGUUGGUUAAUUGACAGUGAGUACAGGUUAAUCAUGGUUACUAAAGUAUUCUAUAGAUGAUGCUACAAUAUUGGUAUAAUAUAAUUAUUCAAUUUAUUGGGCAAUUAUGACUAUGGUUACAGUAGGUUAUGGAGACAUAACUGCAGCAAAUCAAUAUGAAAUGUUCUUUAUUAAUUGUAUGAUGUUAUUAAGUAGUGGAAUGUUUGCAUAUUCUAUGAAUAGUAUAGGAAUGAUUUUAAAAAACAACUAUGAUAUUUAAUAGAGAUAUAAGUAUGAAAAAUAUAUAUUUAUCAAUAGACGUAGUUUAAUACAAAUUAACAAUUAUAUGAAGAAAGGUUAAUUAAAUUAGACUAUUUAAAAUAGAGUAAGAAAUUAUGUUAAACAUUAUAUACAAUCAGAAUUUAAUGAAAAUAAUGGGGAAGUUAAAGAAAUCAUUAGUCAUCUCCCUACCAAGUUAAGAUAAGAAUUAACUAUGGGCAUUUAGAUGAAUAUUAUGUAGAAUAUAUCAGUUCUUACUCAUAACUUCUCUCAACAAAUUCUAAAAUAAUUAUCAUAAAAAAUAGAAUAAGUAAAAUACAUUCCAGAUGAAGUUAUUUAUAAUAAUGGUGAUUUAGAAGAUUAGUAUUUGUAAAUCUAUUUAUAUAAUAUUUAGAUAUUAUUUACAAGAGGGUCAGGUACUCUUAUGUGAAGAGAGGAGUAAUAAAGUUUUAUAAACAAUUAAAAUAGGUGAGACAUUUGGAGAACAUUAGUUUUUUACUGGAUUCCCAGCUAAAACAUAAGCUAUAAGUUAUGGGCAUUCUACACUCUAUAGAAUUCAUAGAAAUUCUUUGAUGAAAUUGUUUAAUAGUGUAAGCAAUAAAGAUUUUUAAAGAUUUCAUAAUAUCAAAGAUAAUAUUGUAUAUUUGAACAAUUAUCAAGUUAUAUUAAAGAAAUGUAAUAUCUGUAAUUUGUACAAUCAUACAAAUAUUGAAUGCCCUUUAAUUUCAUAUUAACCAGAUCGUUUUAGAGUAGUAAUGUAGCCAGAUAAGAAUGUUGAAUAAAAUAUGAAUAGAAAAAAAUUUAAAAGAGCUGGAGAUAAAAUAAAUUCUAUAGCUGUGAAUAGUAAAGUUAUUGAAUCGGUUUAAGAAUUUACAUCAACUUAAUCUAUGACUAAUUUUCAUGAAAUUGAAGAUACAAAUCAAUAACUCAAUGCAAAAAUGUAUGGUGGUGGUCAUAUUCAAUAAAAUACAUAAGGAAUUAGUAGCAAAUUAAUGAUAGAUAUAAAAUAAUAAAGCAAAGAUUUUUUCAAUUUCGAAAAAUAGGGGUCUGAUUAAUAAAUUGAAAUACCUUAAAGAGCUCCUAGAAUAUCUAUUUCAGGCUUAUAAAAUUUAAUAAAAAAGAAGGUGGUAUAAAAUAUGAUGAAAAAAGAGUUUAACAAAGAAUAAUCUAAAUAAUCUUUCAAUAAAUCUCCAUCACUUAGAAAACAGUAGUCAAUUAUUAGAUGUUCUUCAAAGCAUCUAACAAAAGAUGAUUUAGAACGAUAAGUAAGUGAAAUGAAUUAAAGAGAAUUUAAUUAACUACAGUAUAUCUAAUCACAUCCAUAACAAAUCAAUUUUUCAGUUGAUCACUAUUAUCAUUUUUAAGGAUACAUGCAAACUGACAACCUAUUAUAAGUUAUAAAGAAGUAUGAUAAAAAUAAAAUGAAAAGUUCAAGGUUAUGGAAUCCUUAUAGAAAUUCAAAAAAUUCAAAUGGAGGCAUUUUUGGAUCAAUGGAAUACUCAAUUGUAAUGAAUAAAUGA